CCUGUGGGGGCAGGGAGAGGAGCGGAGGUGGCAGGAGCUUGUGGGCAAGACGGCAGGGACGGGACAGUGGUUCUGCGAGACCAAGCGUGAGCGGAGUCAUGGGAGUGAAGUCGGCACAGAAUCUUCUGAUGUUGACCGUGUGCGCGUCCUGUGACCGGGCAGUUCCUCCUGGGCAGGGACCCAAGAGAAAUGCAUGAAGCGGUGUGUGCAGGAUGUUCACAGCAGCGUGGCCCAGAUGCUUGUUGGCAGCACAAGUAGAUCCGAAGUGGCAUAUUUGCCCAGCCAGUGUUGCACAGCAGGGGACGAAGGACGUGUGCCAGCACAGGCCGGUCUGUGUUCAGAAUCAGCUUCUUGUUCAAGUCCUUGUACGAGGAGAAUGUCGCGUCGGGCGACGGCGAUUUCUGACUCCUCCAGUCUCUGGCCGUUAAUCCCGAGCAGACGUUGGUGUGUGCCCUGGGCUCUCUCUUCCCGUCCCCCGACCGUGGGCAUCCGCGGUCACACAGCCGCCGCACGGGAGCACAGCACCUGCGGACGAGCACGGGGACCCUCGGUGUCGGCGGCAGUUUUGCCUGGGGUGUUUUGAGUUCCUCGGUGAAAACCAGGAGACGUCCUGGUGGAAGGGAGCAGGUGUGGGCUGGGACGCACGUCUGGGAUUCGAGCUUACUUUGUGGCGUCUCCUGCGACCUGCUGGCUGCUCAUCCAGCCCUGCCCGGAGCUGGGCGCCCUGCGCAUGCUGCACUGUCAGUCCUGCCUGUCCUGCCGGUGACUCUCAAGUGGCCACUCCUCACCACGACCUCAGCAUUUUAGCCUCUGUUUCCACGCUUUGCUGGGGAAGAGGCCCUCGCGGGUUCCCGGCCUCCCGCCGUCCAUCCUCGUCCUCCCGGCCGGGCCGUGGGCGAUCCAUGUUGUCCGGCCUCAGGGCAGAGCGGCUCUGCAGGCGGCAUCGGCAUGCUGUCCUCGGCAAAGGCCCACACGCCGGAGGAGCUCGCCCCCGGCUCCGAGGAGACGCCGAGAGGAAAGUCCCUGCUCACCUGGGGCUCUCUGUUUGGUCACCGGAGUGAGAAGAUCGUGUUUGCCAAGAGCGAGGGUGGCCCCGGCGAGAACGUGCUGACUGUCACCAUCACCGAGACCACGGUCAUCGAGUCGGACCGGGGCGUGUGGAGCUCUCGGGCGCUCCUGUACCUCGCGCUGUGGUUCUUCUUCAGCUUCUCCACACUCUUCCUCAACAAGCACAUCCUGUCCCUGCUGGAGGGCGAGCCCAGCACACUAGGAGCCGUGCAAAUGCUGUCAACCACGCUCAUCGGAUGUGUUAAAAUAUUUGUUCCUUGCUGUUUACAUCAGCACAAAACCCGGCUCUCUUAUCCGCCCAAUUUCAUCAUGACGAUGCUAUUUGUGGGUCUAAUGAGGUUUGCGACCGUGGUUCUGGGCUUGGUGAGCCUGAAAAACGUGGCAGUUUCGUUUGCAGAGACAGUGAAGAGCUCUGCGCCCAUCUUCACCGUGAUCAUGUCUCGGAUGAUUCUGGGGGAGCACACAGGGCUGCUGGUCAACCUCUCCCUGGUCCCUGUCAUGGGGGGGCUGGCGCUGUGCACAGCCACCGAGAUGAGCUUCAACGUCCUGGGCUUUUCUGCCGCGCUGUCCACCAACAUCAUGGACUGUUUGCAAAACGUUUUUUCCAAGAAGCUCCUCAGCGGUGACAAGUACAGGUUCUCGGCCCCGGAGCUGCAGUUCUACACCAGCGCCGCCGCCAUGGCCAUGCUGGUCCCCGCCUGGAUCUUCUUCAUGGAUGCGCCGGUGAUCGGGAGGAGCGGAAAGAGCUUCAGCUACAACCAGGACAUCGUGUUGCUGCUUCUGACAGACGGCGUCCUGUUCCACCUUCAGAGCGUCACGGCCUACGCCCUCAUGGGAAAGAUCUCCCCUGUGACUUUCAGUGUUGCCAGCACGGUGAAGCACGCCCUGUCCAUCUGGCUGAGCAUCAUAGUUUUUGGCAACAAAAUCACCAGCCUGUCGGCCGUCGGCACUAUCCUGGUGACGGUCGGCGUCCUGCUCUACAACAAGGCCAAGCAGCACCAGCAGGAGGCCAUGCAGAGCCUGGCCACGGCCGCCACCCAGGCCCCCGAGGACGCCAAGGAGCCGCUGGUCCCCAAGGACCCCAGACAGCAGCACUGAGCUCAGGAGGCCGCUGGGUGCCCAGGACCCACCAGCCGCCGCCGUCCCCACUGACGCCGCAGCCCCUGAGGACCAGGCCCAGCGGGGGCGCAGCAGAGGGGCUGUGGGGUGGGGGGAGUGGGCGUUUCCUGCUCCUUUCUUGGUUUUUCAGUUUAAACCAGUGGAAACUCAAAUUAGAGAUUCCAGGCGUCAGCUUCCUGGCACAGACCAGAGCCCAGCUCAGCUGAGCCCCUCCCUGUGUAAUGUGAAAACAGCCUCGCAGCCCCCGUCCCCUGUGGGUGUCGGAGCCAGCAGAGAAAACUCUGCGUCCCCACACCAGCCACGAAAGGCCACUGAAGCCCUGGGCUGUCUGGAGACGGGCUGCUGUGCUGGGACGGGGUGUGAAGCGUCCCUGGCCCGGCCACGGCGGCGACAGCGCCAUGGGAGCCCAGCUCCUCACAGAGCAGGGCAGAUGCUGGAGCGCACGGACGCAGGGAAACGAGGGUCCCCUGUGCCAAGGACGGGUCCCCAUCUGGCCCAGAGCAUCCUCCCAAACCACUCUGCCCUCAAAGCCACAGUGUCAUGUGACACUCAAGGGAGAGAUUGUUCCUGGAGGGUCCUCUGUGGGGGAAGGGGCACCCCCUCCUGGAGCGCUGUGCCCAGCCGCCUCCCUCCUAAGCUGCGCGGCUGGGCGGGGCUCCCCGUGCAGCAACUGCAGCCCCAGAGGUUGGGGACAAGCCUCUCCCAUGUUGAACGAGUGACGGGCAACGCUGACAUUCCUUUUCUUCUCUGGACGCUUGUAAGUGUCGGGGACUGUUCUGAGGUCCCUGGACUCGCUGCUCCUGGUCUCGCCUUUCACCGCCCCGUUCAGUUCCCACGUGCAGGGUGAGCACUGGCGGAACGUCUGGAGUGUUGGCCGUUUGGGUUGUGCGGCAUCUGGGGUGACACUUCUUACCGAGGACACACGUGCAGGUUUCUGGAGUACAUCGUGUGCAGGCAGACCACACCCUGCAGGCGGCCCUGCUCUGCCUGGCUCUCCUGGGGGGACAGUGACACUGCAGCCCUGGGCCACCAGGUGAGCCCAGCUUGUCCUUCACUGCUGUCACUGGCCCCCCCAGGGCGUGGAAGCCUAAGGAGUGCAUGGAGGACCACGUCCAGUGUUUGAACCAUGUGCAGGCUGAGGCUUCCGUCUCACAUCCUGCUGGGUUUCUCAUUCGUGGCUCCGUCCGUUGCCAGCCAGGCUGGAGACGCUGCACCACCCAGGCCGCUGGGGCUUGGCGGGUGCAGCCACCUGGCACUAACCGUUCCCUGAGCCUCACUGCCCCUCCUUGCUAUUCAGGUCUUUGGUGGCCCUAUCAGUUCACUGGUUUUCCAGUUGGCUUCUCACCUGGAAAAUAUGAGAACAGUCCCUCCUGAAGACAAAAUAUCUCAGAAACAAAGAGCAAUAAUUAUGUGUCAUUAGGUUUUACCUACUUGGAAAAGUCUGCCAUGACCAUGGGCCAACGCCAGGCCUUGUAACCCACAAGCCACCUUUAAAGCAGUUGGCCUGAGCCUGGAGGACAGCCAGGUGUGUGCUCAUCUGCACAACAACCCCCCCCCCCCCCUGCCAAGAUGGUUUCUCAUGUGACUUUCCCCGGGUUUCUAUUUUCUGUACUCUUUCUGCUUUUUUUUCCCCCCACAACAAAAGGAAAGAGAAUUCACUGGUGGUGGCCAGGUGGGGGGGGGGAUGCUGCUUUGACCUGUGAAGAUCGGGUUGAAAGCCCCUCCCUGGGGCGCUGUCCACCCCACCCUGGAGGCUGUGCAGCUGCCGGCAGUGGGAUGUGAGCAGGGCGGGGGGGUUCUCUGUGGGGGCGGCUGCAGGAUUCCACGCUGGUCUUUCGCAAAGGCUGUGGUCUGGGGGUAACUAGACGCACAGGCGCCUGGUUUCCAAGUGCUGUCUGGAACUGUGGUCCCACGUGCCACGUGGAAUUGAAGCUUCCCAUCAUACAUGUCCCUUCACUCUCACAGGCAGCUUUUGGCCUGUUCUGAUUUUCUAAACUUGUGGACCAGAAACAAAACACAUUUUCCUAAAUUAUUAGCAAAUAAAGCAAUUUACUAUAGAGCUGCUUUUGAGACCUUUCCUCACCCCAGGUAGAAGGAUCACAGAGCCUGGCCGUGGCUGGCACUGUGCCCUGGCUCGAGGACACAUUCCUGCCCCUUCGUCCUGUCUCCAUGCUCGAGUCAGUUUUUAGCCGGCAAUUCUCACGGCAGUUGCAGGACAGCCCUGCACCCAGGGUCAAAGCCCAAGGCCUGGCUUGAGCAUGUAAUGAAUUGUACAGACACAAUAUUUUUUUAAUUAACUUUGUCUAGGACUUUUAUAGAAUAGUAUGUUCUUGUUGAACUGUCACAAACAUGCUUAUAGAAACAUUGACACUAAGUGUCAUUACUUCCAUUGGGUUAAUUCCUCCCGUCUGUGGUCACUGUGUCUGAACCAGACCUUUGUGCUGGGUCAUCCGCUUGCUUACGUGGGUACUCAGACAUAUAGAUCUCUGACUUUCAAGGAAACUGCCCCUACUGAAUGCCAUAGAAAGAUUCCUGCUAAAAAUUCUGUUAGUCAUGAUUUCCUGUAGAACGGCAUUAAAAUAAUCUGCCUGCCUGGAAAGUUGAGAAUACUCUUGCGCAAUCCAAAAUGUGUUUUUAAUUUGAGAAAAAUAAACAUGAUGGAUCAGAAACAGUUGAAGAAAAAAAGGCUGUAGAAAAAAAAGUCAGCCAAAUAAGGCUCCACUUUUUAGCGUCCUUUCACGUAUUUGUGACAAAACCAGUGAGUUUUACUUCUGCUGUGACACUGCUCUGGAUGGUCACUUGGGCAGGUCUUUAGUCAUGACAAACAGGACAGCUUUUUACACCUGUCCACGUGAUGCGCUUUCCAAGGCCUGGCAGUGUCUUCACUGCUUCCUUGGGUUGGGUGUCAUUACAGACGGAAUCUCACUUCUCUGCUUUCACCUUUGACCAGCGUCGUACUAAGGGCUUUAUUCUUCCCCCAAAUAAAUGUGUGCCCUAGGUGGGGCCUUUUCCAAUAAGUAAGAUCAUCCCGGCUUCCCUGAUGAAUCUGCCUAGUUCUCGCUGUCCUGGCUGAGGGCCCCCCACUCAGUCCUUGAGGUCAUGCCGACCUAGGUCUGCACUCACUGCAGCUCAGAGCAUGGAAAUCUUCCUAACCCUAAGCUUGCGAUCGCUAAAUUAUUUCUUUCAGUUUUCCUGGGGGCUGUGACUCUGAGUUUAAUGGCUGCUGGAUCCUCAUUCAGACAUCCAAAUUCAGUUGGAAACUAUUCCAACCGGCAAUGUCCUUUUUUGUCUGUUUUUUCUUUUCAGUUUUCAUUUGUGGAACAUUGGCAUUCAGCCGAUUAGCUAUUCCUAGACUGUUCACAGAUGGAUGUGUGAGUCUGAACGUGCCCAAGGGGUGUUGUAGGUUCCACCUUGAAGAGGGCCACAGUCAGGGCAACUUUCCCACAUUGAAAAACUUGAAAAUUGCGUCAAUAAUCAUCUUCUAGGCCGGGCGCGGUGGCUCACGCCUGUAAUCCCAGCACUAUG